AUGGAGUGGUUCGGCCGUGCCAGCGUCGAGUUCACCCAUGCAGCCUCGCCGCUGCAGCUACCGUUAAAGGCAGGAGCAGGAGCGAGCCCGGCCGAAGGCAGCAGCAAUGGCACCGCAACACAAGCCACCACGGACUUGGCCCAGAUCUGCCGCGACAGCACGCCGGCCUGCCAGCUCAACCCGCUGCUCUUCAACGGCCACCUGCAGACCAUGUGGACGGCCGUGGCGAAGGGAGCGCCCGCGAUCCACUACAAGCGCCGCAUCUUCAACGCCGACCACGCGCUGUACACGGGCACCUUUGCCGUCGAUUUUGCCGUGCCGCCGUAUGCCGACGAGCAUCUCGAGCGAGACGCUGCUCUGCCGCCGCGCACGUCGUACUUUGCCGACGACGCCGCCUUUGCCGGCAUGGCCUCUGACGACACGCGGCCCAUGCUGCUGGUGCUGCACGGGCUGUCGGGCGGCUCGUACGAGGUGUAUCUGCGACACUGCCUGGCGCCGCUCCUCGACGCCGACGACCUGCCGUGGGAGAUUGCCGUGGUGAACGCGCGCGGCUGUGCGGGCAGCAGCAUCACGAGCGGCGUGCUGUUCAACGCGCGGGCGACGUGGGACGUGCGGCAGGUGGCGCUGUGGGCGCGGAAGACGUUUCCCAACCGCCCGCUGUUUGGUCUAGGUUUCUCGCUGGGCGCCAACAUCCUCACCAACUACGUUGGCGAGGAGGGCGCGGCGUGUCCGCUGCAGGCGGCGGUGGUGGUCGGCAACCCGUUUGAUCUGCAGGUGUCCAACAAGAUCCUGCAGCGCUCGUUCAUGGGACGCCACGUCUACGAAACGGUUAUGGGCAGUAAGUGGUGGUGGCGGAUGGCAUGUAGCAGCAGCAGUGGUGACGUUGCAAGUGUGACAGUCGGAGACACUGCGAAUGGCGUUGAACCGAAAGCUGACAUCUGUGCAGGCAACAUGAAGAAGCUGAUUAAUCUGCACCGCGACGCGAUCCUCAAGCACACGGAGCUCGACUUGGACCGUAUCAACAAGAUUACGACGCUCUACGAAUUUGACCGUGAAGUGCAAUGCCCAACGUGGGGCUAUCCGACGGAAGAAGCCUACUACCGCGAUGCCUCAUCAUGCGAUUCGUUGCUCAACAUUCGCAUUCCUUUCCUGGCUCUCCAGGCCAAGGAUGAUCCAAUCGCCGUCGAAGAGGCCAUUCCGUACGGCGAGUUCAGACACAAUCCCUAUACCGUCCUCUGCACCACGUCCCUCGGCGGCCACCUGUCCUGGUUCGAGCCGGGCGGCGGACGCUGGCACGCGAAGCCGGUCACCCAGUUCCUGCAUACCAUGGCCAAGAACGUCGACCUCGCCGCCAUCCCGCGCGACCUGCUGGAUGUCAACGCCAAGCAGCGCAAGGGUGUCAACUUUGAGCCUCUGCGUCGGAGGAUGCAGAUUAAUCUGGACAAGGAGUGA